AGGGGCUGGGGGCGGGGGGAUGGUGAGUCGGGGAUAAACACUCCGCAGCGGUGGCGGCUGCUGCUCUGCUCCGGGUUCUGUCACGGUGUCAGCGGUGCCCAGCUCACUGGCCCCCUCCCCCUCCCAGCGAGCGUGGUCGCCAGAGAGGCUCCCUCAAUCCUGCUCCGCGGGGUCCACAGCGGGAAGCGGGUGUCCAGCGGCGGCAGCGAGCCCGUGGGCAGUGGGGGUUGGUCCCGUGGCUCCGGCCCCCGGUGCAGAAUGGCGGCGGCGGUUCGGAUGAACAUCCAGAUGCUGCUGGAGGCGGCCGACUAUCUGGAGCGGCGAGAGAGAGAAGCUGAACAUGGUUAUGCCUCCAUGUUACCAUACAAUAACAAGGACAGAGAUGCCUUAAAACGGAGGAACAAAUCGAAGAAGAAUAACAGCAGUAGCAGAUCAACUCACAAUGAAAUGGAGAAGAAUAGACGGGCUCAUCUUCGCUUGUGCCUGGAGAAGUUGAAGGGGCUGGUGCCACUUGGGCCAGAAUCAAGUCGACACACUACGUUGAGUUUAUUAACAAAAGCCAAAUUGCACAUAAAGAAACUUGAAGAUUGUGACAGAAAAGCCGUUCACCAAAUAGACCAGCUUCAGCGAGAGCAGCGACACCUGAAGAGGCAGCUGGAGAAGCUGGGCAUCGAGAGGAUCCGGAUGGACAGCAUCGGCUCCACCGUCUCCUCGGAGCGCUCCGACUCGGACAGGGAAGAAAUCGACGUUGACGUGGAGAGCACAGACUAUCUCACAGGUGACCUGGACUGGAGCAGCAGCAGUGUGAGUGAUUCUGACGAGCGGGGCAGCAUGCAGAGCCUCGGCAGUGACGAGGGCUACUCCAGCGCCACCAUCAAGAGAAUAAAGCUCCAGGACAGUCGCAAGACGUGUCUCGGUCUCUAAGAGAGUGGUCGCUGCAGCUGCCUCCUCGAAGGUUCUGCCUGUCGGAGCUGAUUAGGUAGUGUAUUGGACCUGCCCACAACGCCCUUGCACGUAAACUUCAGUGUACCACCUUUACCAAAAUCAGCUUUGUAACCGUUUCCAAGGAAGUGCUUAGGACUGUGGGUUUCUGAUUGCAUCCACUAGCUUCUCUCUCUCUCCAUAAAAAUUCGUCUCUGAGAGACUGUACAUUCCAAUCAAUUUGAAGCACCCAAGAAUUCUUAGUCCGAAUAAGCAAUUUUCACAUCUCAGCAGUUUCCCUCUUCUUUACUGUCCUCAUGUACUCCACCAGACCUUUCGUAUGGUUUUCUGGCUUACCAUGUUACUUGCCUAGGAGGAUUGUCCAAGUGUGUCUUGUGCUUAGGAAACUGAAGGAAACAAACUUUUAAAGUUGAGAUCCUGAUCUCAGAACUCCAAAGUAAGCUUUGAAAGCGACAUUUAAGAGCACUUAACCAUGGACCUCACCCCCAGUGAGGAAGUCAGGAAUACCUCUAGAAACACCCCCUUCCCACACAGCCCAUGUGGAUGGGAGCAGUAUUUCUCACUUUAAAAUGGACACCUUGAUAGCUUGUCUUUGGGGGUUGCACAGCUUAUAAAAGUUCCAGAUUGUUUGUUCUCACAGACAAAACGGUACAAUCUAUUUUUGUGCGAUGUUCUUGGGACCUUGCUGUGUACCACUAUCUCAAGGCACAUUUUCCCCUCAAAGUGUGUUAAUGCUACUUGUCUCUGGAACAUUUUUUUUUUUCCUACCUCAGAGAUAAAUGAGAUCUCCAUUUCCCACUUAACACAAAGUGAUUAUGCCUCUUUUUUUUUUCCAAAUAAGUGACAUUUGGUCCAAUUCUAAUAUAUUUUCCUAUUUAACUUUCAGCAAUAACUGAGCUUUGGCGCUAGCUGAGCUAGUGGCCAUGAUCAGUGAAAGAAAAAGUCCACAUUUCUACUCUCUAUGUUGCAGGUGAACAGGAGGGGACGGUACAGUGUUACUAGAAUUCCUCUCCUUGUUGAUUAUUUUUGGACACACCCAGAAACUUCUUUAUGGAGGCUUAUGGGUUGAUAGUUUAAAAGGCUGAUUUUUCUUUUUGGUUUUGAUUUUUCCCUUAAGUGGUCUCCCACUUUGUAGCAUUUUUAUUUAAGCUAAAACAGAGCACAUGUAUAUGUACAUAAGACACAUUAAAUCUAUAAAUACUAUUUAUUCAUUUUAUAUGAACUAAUGUAAUGGAAAAUAAAUUCUUAUGACUUUGUGCUUUUAUAGAUGUUCUAGAAACUUUCUAUGUAGGUAUCUACAAAAUUUGUUCAUUCCCCUUAAUAUUUUUGCAUUCAUAUUUUCGAGGUCUUGAUGUUUUCAGCCUCUGGCGAAUCUUUUUCAUUGAAUUUGAACCAUUUGUAAAACCUGUGAUGCUGAAGCAGAGUGUGUCACAAAAUGAUGAGAACAUUCCUAAAAUCCACAGACGCACUGCGACCUAAGGGCUCAACGGCUGACUCGGCAGUGGGCAGCCACCCCGCUCCCCUGUUGGCCUGCUGUCACUAGCACACCACAGCCUCGCAGCUCACCCAGCGCCUGCACCUUGCACACAGCUAAAGUCAAAGUUCUAACGCACUCUACAUGGAAGCUCAUCCUACACACGAAGAUCGAGCUAAACAAAGCAAGAGUACUUCUGUGGGUUUUUUUUUUAAUGAUUCUUUAAUGUAUUAAAAAUGUUUUCAUUGGAAGUAGUGGAUUCCUAAGUGAUUCCAAAGUCAUCUGUAAUUUCUCUGUUUUUGUUUUGUUCUGUUGUUUUCUUCAUUUCAGCUUUGGGUGGGGGGAGGGGCAGGUGACACAAAGGAUUUUUUUUUUUUUAAUUGUUGGAAUCUUUUCCGAUAACCAGCUGAAGAUUUGCACUGAAAUACAACUUGUAUGCCUUUUGCAUUUUUAAAGCCUGCUUCCUGAAUUUAAGCAAAGUGAUAGUGUUCAAAGAGCCAGCUCAGCCUGUAACAUGUUUGAAAAAGAUAUAUCUGCACUUUGAGGUCCCUUUUGAACGCCAUUCGCUAGACCUCUUGAGUAUUUUAUUUCAUGGCUACAUCCAAGCGCCUCACAAGUCCACGAUGCUGGAUGCUGGAUGGCAUCAAAAACUCAAGACUUUGGAAAAAGCUUGUGGGCUUGCAUUGGGGGUGGGAAGGGAACAAAAUGUGUGUACUUCUUCAUUUAAUUUAGAAAUAAGGCAUCUGAGAGAUGCUAUUAUUUUCUGUGUUUUAAUUGUUGUGCCUUUGAGUUAAACUGCAUUUUUGUCUUUUGGUUGAAAUAUGAAAUGUACUGUCCCAAUAUAAAACAGUAAUUAUUUGA